AUACUAUGAUACACGUAUAUGUAUACACCUUGCCCACGACUGAUAACUUAUCGUCGUGUUAUUUUCCUUAUCGUCCCACGACCAAACUAUGCGGUCCCCCCAAAAAACUUUUGUGAUUGAGAAAGGAUCAUGAGGUGUGCACAUCACGUUAUACUAAUGCUGCAGUGUAUCUUGUAACUGUCUUAGAACCGUGCGGGUUAGUUAGUGAGUACAGUGAGUUGUUACACCGACAUGCUGGCCAGUGUUACACCAGCUGUAAUUAAGUUAACACCGAUUCCGAUGUGAGAAAUUCAGGUAAUCAGUAAGUUAUACAAGAAAACCAGACUUGUGGGUAUGGAGGCCAUCGUCGAAUACAACUACGAGGCACAGGAGUCUGACGAAUUGACCAUCCGCAAGGGAGACGUCAUAAAAGAUAUCCGGGUUAUGCCCGGCGGAUGGUGGGAAGGAACACUAAGAGACAAGCGUGGCAUGUUCCCGGACAAUUUUGUCAAGGUCCUAGAAUCAGCGGCCGGUGUAGAAAUGGCUUCUCCGGUGAAAAACGAGGAAGUAGUAUUACGCAAUGGGGGUUCCGGGCAAGGAAGGAGGUGGUGCAAGGUUCAAUUCAGCUACGAGCCGUGCAAUGAGGACGAGCUGGCUCUGACGCCCCAAGAGUCGUUGGAAUUUCUGGGUGAAGUUGAGGAGGGUUGGUGGAGGGGGAGACUGAGAGGAAGGAUUGGCGUUUUCCCAUCCAACUUCGUAUCCCCGCCGACCUACGAGGAGCCUGAGAAAGACAAGCACAAGCGGGAACUCUGCAGAGUGUUGUAUCCUUACGAAGCUCUGAAUGAGGAUGAGCUGACUCUAGUCGAAGGAGAAGUGCUCACCAUUCUCUCCAAAGACGCGCCUGACAAAGGCUGGUGGAAGGGAGAGCUUCGGGGUCGCAUCGGUCUUUUUCCCGACAACUUCGUCGAAGUCCUGGGUCCGAAAGGCGAGCAACACGAGCAGCACGACCAGCCGCUUUACACCUCUGGAAAAUCCAGCAUGAGACACUCGGUGACAACAAAGAGAACGGAAAAAGCGCACGCCAGGCGAAGCUUGGACACACACAACAUUAAUCAAUCAGAAGUAACAAGAAAGUCGUCUGUUUCCACCUCUUCGUCCUCAUCGUCGAUAUCAGGCAUCGUCGGAAUGGGAGGAGACAAAAAAUCCAAUGGCAGUCAGCUGCUGAUGACAAGUCUGAAGCGACUUGUUGGUGGUGGUGGAAACAGUAAUGGCAAUAGCAGCAAUGGUAGCAGUGGAACAAGUAACCUACCUACUGGCUCCGUUGGCAUAGACGACGAGUUGGACGGUGUGCAAAGAGGGGAGGGAUUGCCGCUCUCUCAUCCGACGGCAUCGAGGGCCAGAUUGCCACGGCGGCGAUUGCCCUCAUCCCAACAUCUCCGCCAUCAGAACACUGUCAACAGCAGUACAACGACAACUACAACGAUUCAUACGGAAUCUAAUUUAGCUAAUGGAAGUGCCGUUACUCCUUUGGAACGUUUACGCGAGGAGGACGCUGACGGCGAGAGUAGAACUGCGAAGGGUAGACGAAUAGCGCCAUGGGUGGAAGAGCUCAAACUGAACCAGAUGGAGAGGAGAAAGACUAGCCCUGUAGAAAAACCCGACAAACCAGAGACUAAAAAACCCAGAAGCGGUGACACGAGAGCAACCGUUAUUGGUGAGUCCAAUUUGAAAAUUGAAAUGGAAGGCGAUCAGCAACGAAAAGCCGAAGAGAGUGGCCGAGGAAAAGAUACGGAAAGGGCCAUGACGAUGGAAGGUUCGGAACAACCUCCUCCGUUUGUCCCGUAUCCCAUGUACUGCCAACUUCUGGAGAGGGUCGCGACGCUGGAAGAGAAACAAACGAUGCUACAACAAACAAUUGACCAACUAACUGAGCAACUUGUGCCACUACUGCAGUCUAACAUUUCAACGAACAACAAACUGUAAUUGUUAUUAUCUAUUUUCACCACUACUAUUGUUCAAUAAUCGACUAAUCACUCCCCCAUUUUACACUUGUUAUGAUACCCAGAUUUGAUUUUAUAUUGCGUAUUAUUUAUUCAUAUAUAAUAUUUGACCAUAUAGUUAUAUUAUUCAUUGUACUGCCGCGGUCCUCUCUUUUAAAAUAGGAACCUUCUAAGGGCACGUUUUAAACAUUCCUUUUUUUUUUUUUUUUAUUCUCGGCCUUUUUGUACUUACUCGUAAUAUUUGAACUAUGACUUUCCUUAGUUGGGUAGUUUACUGUCCGCGUCACGACAGCAAAAUUCCAGCCUUAGUUCCAGCGGGUAGACUGUUGUUUUUUUAUUAUUAUUAUUACCAUUAUUAUUAUUACUGUAGAAUUUUAUUACCUUUUAAUUAUUAAUGCAUUCAAUUUUUA